AUGUUGAAAUGUUCGAUUAUCUUCGUUCUUGCAUUAGUAACGGAAUGCGACGCUUGGCACAUUAUAUCAACUAUCCCGAAAGGGCUUUCUGAUGAUGGUGUGAAGGUUCAAGCAACAGUUACUUAUUUGUUAUCGUGGAAUUCGGGACACACUGUGUGCCAAGGAAACAAAGCUCUUUCGCCCUUAUCAGGUUAUCUGGCGAAUCCAUCACAAAAGGAACCUCUCUGUAAAAUGAUGACCAAUAAUCUUGCAUGCAGAAGAGGGAAGGAUUUGUUGUACGACAAGAACUGGAUUCAGAAAACACUACAGAAACAUAAAAACAAUGGAAAAUUCGCCAACCCAAAGGAGAAAUCUGCUGUUGACUGCGUUCUUUCAUCGCUCAAAUAUACAACCACAAAAAAAGGCGUAACUAAGCCUAAGUAUACAACUACAAGAAAAUCUGCAAAAACAACUGCAAGAAGACCUGCAACCUACAAGAGAACCUCCCCUGCAAGGAGAACUACAACAACAUCUACAAGGAGACCUACAACAACAUCUACAAGGAGACCUACAACAACAUCUACAAGGAGACCUACAACAACAACAACUACGAGAAGGACCACAAAAAUAAUCAUGGGUACAACUGAAACGACCACGGAAGCUACUACAGCUCCAUUUCUUGAAGAGACUUCUCCUCAAGAUUCUGUUGGAGACUUGAACACUCCAAGUGAUCAACAAUCACGCUACGAAUACGAAACAACACAUUCAGCCGAUCAGCUAAAGAAGACUGGCGGUGAAACAGUUGUACGUAAACUCCACAAGGAGAAAACUCCUAAUACCGUGCUCUAUGUGAUCAUCAUGUGCUGUCUAAUCGCUGUACAGUUGGCUCUCGUAUUUCUCUUAAUUCUAACGGUUCGAUAUAUGAAAAGAGGCCGUAAGAGCGUUAAACAAUCGCCUACGCAGCCUGGAACUAAUCCUCAAUCUACCAUAGCUCCUCCAAACCCGUCAUCACAGAAUAAAGCACCCACCCAACCACGAUCCUAUGCAUCGGAUCCAUGGCAAGGCCAGCAAUCGAAACAGAACGCAUAA